AUGCAGCACCCACAACUCAAAAGCGAGCGAGACUGCCUGGAGAAAGACUUGCUUGAGUCCGAGAAGUCCGGGUCAAUGAAAGGCAUCACUCUCAAACCAGUCCCCAGAACGAGGCUUCGCCAAUGGACCGCAACGGUCGAGAUCACUGAAGCUGACUACCCCGAGUCAGCCUAUCAGGGCGGCAGCUUCAACUUCACUAUUGUCAUCAAGGACGAAAAGCUCACCUACUCAUUCAAAGCACUCGAGAUCACCUGCAACACCAAGCUCUACAGCCCACAUAUUAAUGCUCAGACUGGCAAGGUGAUCUCGAAACUCGAUGAUCAGUAUUGGAGCCCGGCGCUCGAUCUGCGUGCGAUGAUGUCCGCGUUUGUGGAAUCAAUGAUGCAGCCGGUCCCAGCGUAUGCGGCGGGUGAAGAGAUAGGAAGAGAGUACAAGAAUGAAAGGAUCGAGUUCACGAAGAAAGCGAAGGAGUGGACUAGACUCUAUGCAAUGGAGUAA